GCCCUCCAGGCCCCAACGGCCCUCCAACAGCUGGAGAAGGAGCAGCAGGGUGAGGGCUGCCAUCACACCUCACAGCUCUGCAGACCCUGCCCAUCCCACCCAGCUGCCCUUGGUCGAACAGCACAACUGUGGAAAUGGACAAAGGAUGUCAAUGGCAGAUGGACGGGCAAAACACAACGCUGAAAGAACAAUUAGAGUCUCAUCUCCGUUUUGAAGCAGAGAGAUCAGAGGUGCUGCUUAUGGCAAAAAGCAAUUGUAUCGUAUGUGGGCCAGCUAGCUGCAGGAGGGGCAGCAGCGAACCGCUAUCUCCAGCAGAGAAGUACUCCAUUCUUCACACGUUGGUGUGCAGAGAAGGAACAGAAACUCUUCACGAAGCAGAAAUAAAUGAAGAAUGUGGUGUGUGCUCUAAAGUACCCUCAAAAAAACAUAAAGAUGAAAGAGAAGAGUCUGUUUGUCAGCACAUGGGAGGGUCUGACCGUGAGGCAAUGGAGCUGAAGAUGAGCAUAGCAAAAGUAGCAUCCACAACCACAGAGGACAAUAAUGGCAUAUUACCUUCUUCAACUCUAUAUGAUAGAAAGACUGAAAUACGGAAGUCUGAUUUGGAACCGAAAUGCCUGAAAAAGGUUUGUGAGCAGCCAAAUGUUGAACGUUCUCUGAAGAAGCCUAGAAGAGCAAAAGUUUACUCAUAUGAUGAAACAGAGCCAACUGAUGAUGAUGUUAUAAUGCACAUUUUGAGACUUCGUGGCAAAUUUGGCUGGCAAACAAAGUUAUCAUCCCGCGAGUGUUUAGACAGAGAGGCUGAAGUGGCCAGGCUUCAGAAGUUGGCGCUUACGAGACCUUUGACGCCGAGAGAUAGUGGUGAAUACGUAUAUUGUCUUCAAAAAUACAAAAACAAUCUUAGAGUUCCCUACAACCCAUACAAUUUACAUGUUGUCUCUACAAGUAGAGCUAUGCGCAGCAAAGAAUAUUGGACUAUUACAGCGUCAUUUGCAUCUAAGUUUCACUUAAACCUGAAAAUAGGAGAAAUGGAGGCCACACCCAUACCUCAAUGGCUGCGCGAAAGACAUCUGUAUUACAGGUUACUCAACUUGAAAUUAUUUUCCAAUUUCAGAAUGAAGAAAUUCCUUCUGCACUGGAAAAUCAAUGCUGGAAGAAGCAAGGCAAACAAGAGCAAAUCAGUCUGAAUGCAGGUGGUUGUGCAUGUGAAAAGAAUUAAAGAAUCCUCUGAUGCGCACUUUA